UUGAUAACCGCGAGGUGGGGACAUGCCUGUUGAAUCCUGUUCAAACCGCCAACUGUCUUUCCAGUUUGCUUUGUGCCUUUGAAUUAGUGUGAUGUCCUCUGUGCGUUUUCCAAUGCCUUCCACAAGAGUCUUAACCCUCAGGAAAACGGUGACUGACAGGGAGACGUCCCCAACCCCUGAGAAGAGGAGGAGAAUCUGCUGUCCUGACUUCCCCGACGCAUCCCCAGAUGUGUCUCCCUCAGAAGAAUUCUCCAUGCGUUUAGUAAUUCCUUCAGGGGCUGCUGAAGCCUCAAAAUCCUUUCAAAAUGUGCUCAAAUACCUGGAGAAAAUAGAGAAAAGUCAGAAUAAUACUCAGGUCUCGAUCUCCCUCGAGGUGAACUCAUCAAAACGUCCGAAAUCCUUCCAAAAAGUGUUGAACUACCUGGAUAAGAUGGAGGAAAGUCAGGAUAAUUCUCAGGCAUCGACUUCUCUUGAUCCGAGCUCAUCAAAACCCUCAACUUCUGGUGGAGACCCUGAGGAACCUUCAGAGUUCAUCGAGUUCGAGACCCUGGACGAGGAUCUUCCCCUGGAAGUCGAGCCCGUGGAAUCCAGCGUCCCAUCAGCGCCUGUAAAUCGUCUAGUGUCUCCUGAAGAAUUCCAACCUCUUGAGCUCUACGAACCUGAUGAGGACGUCGACGUGGGGUGGAAGACAGACGAUGACUUCUCCGAUGGAGAGGUUCCAGCCCAGGUGAGGUAUAUACCUAAAAAAAAUAUUUCUCGAGCCCCACACGCAUCCACGAUUAUUCCCGAAAGGGUUCCCUCGAACGUCCAAAACCCUCCAGUUGUCAAUAAUGCUCUCCUGACAACCCGGAAUAUUCCUCUGACUUCCUGGAACGUCCAGAACCCUUCACCUUCCACAAAUUUCCCCCUGAUCUCCUGGAAUGCCAAGAACUUCUCGUCGAAGAUGAAUAAUCGUCGUAAUCGUAAUAAUCGUUGGAGUCGUCGAGGACGAUGGAGGAGAUACUCAACGGAACAAUUCGAAGACGAUGAUAGCAACCCCUAUGAUCCUAAAAUGAUCUGGGACAGUCUGGCCUCGACCUCUCGAGCGACUGCUAUCGAUCAGGGACCAGGCGAAGGUCCGGUACCCCAGGACAAUCCUCAGGAUCUGAUGUCCUCAGACUCGGAGAUGUACUUCCCUGAAUACGAUCCUGAUGAGAGCAGCUUAGACUCCCCCCCAGGACUUCGUUUCAAGCAGAAACCAACGUUCGACGACGAGACAAUGCGAAAAUACCUGAAUUAUUACCUACCAAAAUCCAAAAGCAGACAGACUCACAAUGAGAAGACCCAGAUGGAGGGGUUGGAGACGGUGGAGGCAAUCCUGAAGAUCCACGAUCAGUUGCAGACAAAACCAGAGGACGAGGCAAGAACGUCUACUCCUCGACGAAUGAGAGUGAAACUCCUCGAGCACCAGGAGAAGGCCCUCUCCUGGAUGCUGUGGAGAGAGAGCUGUACACCAGCUGGGGGAAUUCUUGCCGAUGACAUGGGCCUUGGAAAAACUGUAACAGCAAUUGCUCUGAUGAUGAGAUCACGGGAGAUAGAGUGCGGAGAGAGAGACGAUCGUGUUGAGCCCGGGGGAACCCUCAUUGUCUGCCCAGCGAAUCUGAUACCCCAGUGGAAGCAGGAGAUCGAGACGAGAGGGUGCAUCCCAGACAUCAACAUCUACCACAAGGACAAGGAGACAAAUAUCUGGAGACUUCGAUCAAAUCAAAUUGUCAUUACUAGUUACGAUACCCUAUUUAAUAACCACAAGACUCGAGCCCAGAUUCUCUUCAAAAUUCACUGGAAGAGAGUGAUCCUGGAUGAGGCACACAUCAUUAGGAAUCCUAACAGCCUGAGAUCUGAGUGUGUAGCUGCACUAGUGACCCAGAAACGUUGGGUCCUCACUGGAACACCAAUUCACAAUCUCGUCAAGGAUAUAUUUCCCAUAAUGAGAUUUCUCAAAGUCAGACCCUUCGACAAUUUGAAGCAUUUCAACAAGUGGGUGGCUAACAAUGAUGCUGCAGGCACUGCCAGGCUGCACUGCAUUAUGGAAGCAGUGAUGCUGAGGAGAACGAAGGAUGCAAUGAUGAAGGCUGGCCUAAUACAGCUCCCUCUCAAAACAAAGAGAGACGUUACUAUUGUCCUAGUCCCCGAAGAGAGGCUCGUCUACGACAGGGUUAUGACUUACUCCAGGACUCUCUUCAUCCAGUUCCUCCACCAGAAGACUGAAAAGGAAAGAAGAAUGGUACUGGGUCCCUGCUACACGAGAAAUAAUAAUUACAAUGAUUAUCAGCUGACUGAUGCUCAGAAGAAGUUCCUGGAGCGUCGAGAGGAGGUCGUCUCCAGACAUCACAUCCUCACGCUGAUCCUAAGGCUGAGGCAAAUCUGCUGUCAUCCCCAUUUGAUCACGAAAUUUCUGGCACAAGAGGACUUCGAAGAGGCUGGAGUUGACAAUCUACCUGUGAAUAAACUCGAGGAUGCCAACAAACUACUUCAAGAUCUCGCUGCUUUCGAUGGAGGUGAGGAGAUCGGGGUCGAUGGAAGAGUUGUCGAUCGUCGAAUUCUCACGGCGGACAAUCCUGUGUUCAGGAGGGAGAGCCGGUCCUCGAAGAUGACUGCUGUACUCCAGAAGGUAGAGGAAAUCGUCAGCAAGGGGGAGAAGGUUAUCAUUGUAUCGGAUUGGGUGAAGUACCUUGACAUCAUUGGAGAGCAUCUUGAAUAUAUUAAUGGGGCGACCAGUGAGGCAUACACUGGGGCUACACUAUAUCCCCAGAGGGAGAGGAUUGUUGACAAGUUUAAUAAUACAAAUGAAAUCAUGGUGCUGCUGCUGUCGUUGAGGGCUGGUGGACAGGGACUCAAUCUCAAAGGGGCUAAUCAUGUUAUUAUCGUUGAUGUACACUGGAAUCCUCAGCUUGAGGUACAGGCCGAGGACAGGGUAUACAGGAUUGGACAGGCUCGGCCUGUCUUUAUUCACAAGUUCAUCUGUCCUGAUACCAUCGAGGAGAAAAUUGUUGAUCUUCAGGCUAAAAAACUCAGGAUUGCUGAGGCUGUACUUGCUGGAAGCAGGCACGAGGUCAGGAGACUGGAACUGGCAGAAAUGUGCAGACUCUUCAACAUUGGAUAGGCGAGAACAGGAAAGGAUUUUUAUCGUUUUUUUUUUGUUUGUUUUUUUUUAUCAUUCCGGAAAUGAGAA